AUGCCUGAAGUAGCGAAGCCCGCGCCCAAGAAGGGCUCCAAGAAAGCGGUGGCGAAGGCCCCCGGUAAGGGCGGAAAGAAGAGGAGAAAGUCCAGGAAGGAGAGCUACGCCAUCUACGUGUACAAGGUGCUGAAGCAGGUCCACCCCGACACUGGGAUCUCCUCCAAGGCCAUGGGCAUCAUGAACUCUUUCGUGAGCGACAUCUUCGAGCGCAUCGCCGGUGAGGCCUCUCGUCUGGCUCAUUACAACAAGCGCUCCACCAUCACCUCCAGGGAGAUUCAGACCGCCGUCCGCCUGCUGCUGCCCGGGGAGCUGGCUAAACACGCCGUGUCUGAGGGCACCAAGGCCGUGACCAAGUACACCAGCUCCAAGUAAACCACUCUGCGGAGACAUCAAACCAACGGCUCUUUUAAGAGCCACACACUUUCUCUAUGGAGACAAACUGUCCUGACUUUAAUGACAUGUUCAUCAAUAUUUAAACAGCAACUUUUAACUAAUAAUGGAGCAUGGUUUAAUCAAAUUGAAAAGGAUUAUCAUGAUGAAUACAUUGUUAACAUCCUGCAUAGUCACUCCAAUUUAAAAAUAUGAAUUUUUAAAUCUAAUAGUGGUUUCUAUCAGUGAUCCGCGAUAUUUUUGAGGAGGUGUUCUACCCCCUGGUGGUUAGAAUGGUAUGUAUAUAUAUAUACAUACCAUUCUAUCUUCCAUAGCUAGGUGUAAAUCAUUUUGGGUGGUGGAAUGCAAAAUGGAAAGAGGAAUAAAUUCUUCAAAGUUGUUUACAGUAUUAUUACGCUUGACAAAUAUACCUUGUUUGUUUACUACUCUGAGAAUAGAUAAUAUACAGAAUAUGUUAAUAUGCUAAUCUUUCAGUAAGCAUCAUUGGAUACUGAACAGUUUGAAAAGCACCUCAUGUAUGUGUGAAAGUGUUGUUGAUUUCAAACUGUCAUUCUGCUGGAUUCUGUUUUACUAAAUUCAUCUGGUCUCUAAUGCAGAUAUGGACCUUAGGAAAAAUGGUCAUGGUUUUGUGGUUGCAUCCUUAACCUGCUUUUUUCAUCCCCCGCCACCUGUAGCUGUCCGUCCACAACGAUGAGUUAUCGCAGUGAGCAUGGGAAUUACAAAAAUAAAGUA